ACCCCUCGGCGCGUGCGCGGCGGGCGCACCCGGGUCGGCGCGCGGGGCCGCGGCGGGAGAGGCUGGCGAUGGUGCUGGAGACUCUGGCCCGCAUCGUCAAGGUCCAGCUGCCCGCGUACCUCAAGCGCCUGCCGCUGCCCGAGAGCGUCGGCGGCUUCAUCCGCCUGACAGUUUCAGAAUGGCUGCGGUUACUGCCUUUCCUGGGUGUGCUGGCCUUGCUCGGUUACCUUGCUGUUCGUCCCUUCCUCCCCAAGAAGAAACAGCAGAAGGAUAGCUUGAUUAACCUCAAGAUCCAGAAGGAAAAUCCCAAAGUAGUGAAUGAGAUAAACAUUGAAGAUCUGUGCCUCACUAAAGCUUACUGCAGGUGUUGGCGUUCAAAGACGUUUCCUGUCUGUGAUGGCUCCCACAACAAGCACAAUGAAUUAACAGGAGAUAAUGUAGGUCCACUAAUACUCAAGAAGAAAGAAGUAUAGCAGAUGCUUAAUCUAGAUCAUGACUGAUAAAAUGUCUUUUAUACUGUUGUAGUUGCAAGGGACAGCAUUUUAUUAUGUGAUUGGUAUGAUUUAGUUUCAUGGUUGCUGUAGAUUUCUUUUUGGAAUAAACUGCAUUUAGACAGUGAUGAAUUUGUCACUAUUUUGGUACCUUAUUCUGAGAAGAAUUUUGCCUGCUCUGUAAAACUGUAAAGUACCUAUCUCUGUAAAUAAGUCGUUUAUUUCAAUAAUAAAUUGACUUUCUACAACUA